AUGCCUUGUGUAUGUCAUUCCAAGAAGGACCAGAACGGUUGCUACGAAGGGUGGUCACUCUGUGCUGGGGAGGCUCUCACUAUUAAGUCCUGUGAACUACAUUGUGGCUUCGAGGUGUGUCUGAAGGGUCCACCGAAGAAACACAAGUUCGGCACGCCUCUGAAACUUCGCCGCCAUGUCGCCAACGUACAUGGGUUGGAUCUUAACAGCAUCGGAGUGAGACUGGAUGAAGAUUCUAUUGAUGCAGACACAGGUGAAAAAGUCAGUUUCCGUGAUGCGAAGGCAUCCUUUGCGUCAUCCAGGAAGGCGCGUCAAAAGCGUCGAAUCCAGAGAGCCGCUUCACGUAGGUUGGGCCGACACCUGGAUGGAACCAAUAAUCCUCUUGCCCUGCUGGAAUUUCAGAAGCUGGAAAGUCAUGAGAGCUUUGUACCAGGCAAAUGCCAAGCACUUGACGACGUGUUCUGGACUAUGGAGGCAGAAAGGAAGAGAAAGAUCAUUGACCGAAGGCAGAACAAGGCAGCUGCGAGAGCUAGAAGUCGAGGUGUCUUACCUAAACGUGUUCCAUGUCAUGGUCCAAGAAAGACUGGAGCCAACACCAUCAAGCUAACUCGACCUCCUCCUCCGAGCACACCAAAUGAUAUAGCAGGGCUGUUCGAAGGUCUUACUGUUCACGACAACAAGCCUAAUCGAGGCAAAUACGAACCAGGCAGCAAAUUUCUGAAGCAAAAGAGGGUUAGGGCGAAACGCAUGACAAGAUCUGAAAGGCAGGAGGCUGCGAACCUUGUGAGAGAUAUGAAGACCCUCAACAUGGGGAAUUCGACUGGGAUGAAGACGGAACACAUCACUGAGCACCAAUCCUCUCUUCCUAUGAUUCUCGAGUAG